UUUUAUCACUACGAUGAAGUCACUGAUACUAUUCACAAUCGUCGGGCUCGUGGCGGCGGACAGCCUUAACGGCUUCAACGGAAAUGGUAACGGUUACGGAGCGCCUCCGCCUCCCAGCAACGGAUAUGGUGCACCCACCAACGGAUUCAACGGAAACGGAAAUGGCAACGGUAAUGGCAACGGGUAUUCGGCACCCACCAACGGAUUCAACGGAAACGGAAAUGGCAACGGUAAUGGCAACGAGUAUUCGGCACCCACAAACGGAUUCAACGGAAACGGUAAUGGCAACGGGUAUUCAGCCCCCAUUAACGGAUUCAACGGAAACGGAAACGGAAAUGGCAACGGGUAUUCGGCCCCCACCAACGGAUUCAACGGAAACGGUUUCGGAGCCCCUGCCCCUCGCAACGGCUUUGCUCCCCCCAGCAACACCUAUGGCCCGCCCAACGGCGCCUACGGAGUAGACCCUGAGAUUGCCGCUUUGGCCGAGAACAUUCCCGGGGGCGGCGUCCCCGGCGAGGACUACCCCAUCUUGGCUUCCGUGCCCGACACAAGCUUCUCGUGCGAUGCCCAGGCGGUGCAAGGUUAUUACGCCGACACUGCAGCUGAAGCCGGCUGCCAGGUGUUCCAUAUCUGCCAGGACCGCGCCCUCAGGCGCCAACAGGACUCGUUCCUGUGCCCCAACGGUACCAUCUUCAACCAGCAGUACCUGGUAUGUGACUGGUGGUUCAACGUGGACUGUUCUCAAGCUGAGAGCUUCUACUCCGUCAACGAACUCAUCGGAGUCGUUCCCGACGCUGGCUAUGGCUACGCUGCGGCCACCAACGGCAUCCUCAACGGAAACGGAAACGGCUACGGAUCAAACGGCAACGGCAAGAAUGGAAGCAACGGCUAUGGCUCCAAUGGCAACGGAAGCAACGGUAAGAACGGUAGCAACGGCUAUAGCUCCAAUGGCAACGGAAGAAACGGCAACGGCAAGAACGGAAGCAACGGCUAUGGCUCCAACGGUAACGGUAGAAACGGCAACGGAGCCAGCAACGGCAACGGCUAUGGCGCGCCCGCCGCCCCCUCCAACUCCUACGGCGCUCCUUUCUAAGCGGGAAGCUUGCUCUUGAAUUCAAAGAGGCUUCGGCGACCUUGCAUUAGUUAUUCACUGUGUCUCACGCUCUUUUCCAUAUACCCUUUUUCCUAUAUUCUGUUACGUACACUUAAGCCUUAUUAAUACUUGCUAUACGAACUCCCAAGUGGAUCCCACCUCUUUAGAUUUAAGUGUAUAUAUAUUUUUGCAAUAAAUACUACGCAUUCA